CUCUCAUCAUUUUAAUGUGUGAUCCGUACCGUUUUUCUUUCCCUUUUAAAAUCACCAAAUUUGUCUAUGCUUCUUCUACAUCUUUCUCCUCUUCCUCGGUCAAUAUUAUCUACCAAGUUAAGAAUUUCAGAAUUGCUCUUUUUUUUUUAACUUGGAACAACUAUAACUGAUCGAUUACUUCCACAUCUCUCGAUCGCAAUGGCAUUGGUGCGGUAGCUACUGGAUCCAAUUUCUGGGCGCUUAUUGCCGAUCCAUUGAUCGAGGAAAUCGGUUGCUCAGGAUCGCCCAAUUUCAAAUUUUGAUCCGUUUCUAGGCAAGAAUGGCCACUACACCCACCCAGACCCACCUUCCUACCGGUGGUGUUCCUUGGAAUCAGGAUGCUGAGUCAUUGUUCAGGAUGAAGCCCAUUUCUGAAAUCCGAAAUGUGGAGGCGACCACCAGGAAGCAGAUCCAGGAGAAGAGCGAGGAGCUCCGCCAAUUGGUUGGUAAUCGCUACCGAGAUCUUAUUGAUUCUGCUGAUUCCAUUGUCGCCAUGAAGUCUACUGGUGAGUCCAUUGCUGCGAAUAUCUCGGCCAUCCACGAUUCCAUCCUCUACUCGCUGUCGUCCUCUGAUGUUCCUAGGUCCCCACAUGACUCUCUUAAGCCCGUGGGAGCCCAUGAUUAUGGAAUUGCCUGCCGUGUCAAGUACCUUGUGGACACCCCAGAAAACAUUUGGGGUUGCCUUGAUGAAUCGAUGUUCCUUGAAUCCUCUGCCCGUUACAUCCGAGCAAAACAUGUGCAUUUCAACUUGCUAAACUCUAGGGAGAAAAAGAAUAUCCAAUCAACUUUCCCUCUGUUGCAGCACCAGUGGCAAAUAGUAGAAGGCUUCAAGGUUCAGAUUUCUCAGAGGGGUCGUGAAAGAUUGUUGGAUCAGAGUGGGGAUCUCGGGAUCCGGGCCUUUGCUGAUGCAUUGGCGGCUAUUGCCAUCAUAGAUGAACUUACACCAAACCAGGUUUUGACUCUGUUCAUAGAUUCAAGAAAAUCAAUCAUGUCACAGAAGCUAAGUUCAUGUUGUCGUGAUGCCAAUGCUGAUGGCUCUGAAGUAAUUUCUGUAUUCUGUUACAUUCUAAGGAUAAUUCAGAUAACUAUAUGCCAAGUUGGGGAAUUGUUCUUGCAAGUAUUGAAUGAUAUGCCUUUGUUCUAUAAAACCGUUCUGGAUACCCCACCCGCUUCUCAGUUGUUUGGGGGCAUACCAAACCCUGAUGAGGAAGUUAAACUGUGGAAUUUAUUCAAGGAAAAGCUGGAGUCGAGCAUGAUUUUGCUUGGUCGAGAUUUUAUUUCCAGCACUUGUUCUGAUUGGCUGAGAAAUUGUGGGAAGGAGAUCACGAGCAAGAUUAAUGGAUGUUACUUGAUUGAUGUAAUUGGCAGUGGUUAUGACCUCUCAUUGGCUGAGAAGUUGAUAAGGGAGACAAUGGACGGUAAACAGGUUUUGGAAGGCAGUUUAGAGUGGUUGAAGAGCGUUUUUGGGUCUGAAAUUGAGUUACCAUGGAAAAGGACACGUGAGCUUGUACUAGGUGAAGAUUCUGAUAUAUGGGAUGACAUAUUUGAACAUGCUUUUGUUCAGAGGAUGAAAGGGAUCAUAGACUUGCGAUUUAAUGAAUUAAAUGGGGAUGUCAACGUCAUGGAGUCUGUCCGAGCAAUAGCAAAACCUUCUACUGAUCAUGUUGAUUCUCAAGAUUACUUGAAUAAAUUCCAGAAUGGUGGUGGGGUUUGGUUCAUGACACCAAAUGGUAGAAAGCCAGGCUCUAUUCAGGGCUCCAAAUCACACCAGCCUCAAGAAAGUGAUUUCCACAGCAGUCUCAGCACUUAUUUUGGCACUGAAGUAAGCCGGAUUAAAGUUGCUGUCGAUAAUUGCUGUCAAAAUGUUCUACAGGAUCUCUUAAGUUUCCUUGAGUCCCCUAAUGCACACCAUAGAUUAAAGGACUUGUCACCUUACGUGCAGAACAAGUGUUAUGAAAGCCUUUCAACCAUACUAAUGCAACUGAAGAAUGAGCUCGACUGCCUAUAUGGUGACUUAGAAAAUAAAAACAAAGAUGACGCUUCCAAGCAGUCUCCUGCUAUACUUGUUGAGAGAUCGUUAUUCAUCGGGAGACUUCUCUUUGCGUUUCAGAAGCAUGCUAAACAUAUCCCUGUGAUACUUGGUUCACCUAGGUCAUGGAUUGGUGUAAUAAUGACUGCUGUCUCUAGUCCAUCCCCCAUUGGAUUGAAACAUGCUAGGGUGGCAACUGACUCAGAAGUGAUAGAUAGUCCUGGAAGAAGAACUCCUGAUUCCAGCAGGAAACAGACUUCUCUAGUAGCGACCGCUUUAUUUGGAACAGAUGAUAAGUCGAGCUCACAACUUCAAGAACUACGACAGACAAAUCAAGAUCUUUGUAUCAGAGCUUACAACCUGUGGAUAUCAUGGGUUUCUGAUGAACUUGCAACAAUAUUCUCAAGAAACCUCGAUGGGGAUGAUGCAUUGUCAUCAAAUGCACCAGUCAGAGGUUGGGAGGAUACUGUAGUUAAGCAGCAAGAACAAUCGACUGAAAGCCAGUCUGAGAUGAGGAUAUCUCUCCCUUCGAUGCCUUCUUUGUAUGUGACAUCAAUUUUAUUUUAUGCAUGUGAAGAGGUUCAUCGUGUUGGUGGCCAUGUGCUUGAUAAGCAAAUUCUGCAGAACUUCGCAAAAAGGCUUUUUGAUAAGGUUGUUAGGAUUUAUGAGGAUUUUCUUUUAGCCGAAGAAGGUCGUGGGUCUCAAGUAUCAGAGAAAGGUGUUCUACAAGUUUUAUUUGAUUUAAAAUUUGCUGCUGAUGUUCUGUCUGGGGGUUAUCUGAACCCAAAUGAAGGGCUUUCUGAAACCGCAAAAACUCCUUUUAGAAGGAAGCAGAGAGCACCACAACCCAAUUCAGUUGUAUCAGAGCAUACAAAACAGCUGGUUAACCGCCUUUCUCAGAGGCUGGAUCCCAUAGACUGGCUCACGUAUGAGCCAUAUCUUUGGGAGAAUGAGAGACAGGCAUACCUUAGGCAUGCUGUUCUCUUUGGAUUCUUUGUGCAACUUAAUAGGAUGCAUAUGGACACUGUGCAAAAGCUCCCUACCAAUUCAGAAUCAAAUAUCAUGCGCUGCUCUACAGUACCUCGUUUCAAAUAUCUUCCUAUUAGUGCUCCAGCAUUGUCUGCAAGAAACGCAGUGAGGACAUCAGGAUCAACAUCUACGGACGAUGUAUACUCGAGAAAUUCCUGGAAGAGUUUCACAAAUGAUGAUAUAACCCGGAAAAGUGAUGUAGAGGAUGACUCAAGUUUGGGGGUGGCUGCGCCGUUUUUGAAGUCCUUCAUGCAGGUUGGUAGCAGAUUUGGUGAGAGCAUAAGGCUUGGAUCAAUAUUAACAGAUGGGCAAGUGGGAAGGUUUGGUGACAUGUUACCUGCCCAAGCGGCUGGGCUACUUUCGUCCUUCACAGCUGGAAGAUCAGAUUCUUGACUAAUGCCUCCAUGGAUCCUCGAGAAGUGCCAAUCAGACACGAUUGUUUUACCAAUUCUCGUCACUGGAGAACAGCAUAAAGCUAAUCUGAUCCAUUACAAUGGAGCCCCAUUAGUUGACAAUUUCUGGUAAGUGAUCAAAGUAUAAAUCAUUUGAAUGUCUGAUGUUACUAUCAAAUGUCAGAUCCAUUCUAUCCAUGCUGUGUUUGAGAUAUACUAUGGAUUGAGUGACUCUAGUUUCGCAUACAUUUCACAACUUUCAAGCAUGUAGAAGUACAGAACUGCUUGACUCUUGUAGUUAGUAGUCAAAUGUAGUUCUGGCGUUUUUGUUAUUUUUAUUGUUUAUUAGUAUUUUUUUUAUCACUCAGAGAGUCAUGAAAUGAUUAUUAGGUGUUGUAAAGAUUGUUUCAUGGCUGCAGUGACGUUUUUUAUUCUCACACAUCUAUAGGCAAAAGCACCUAUUAGUAAAAGAAUUCUGUUUUAAAGAACUAGCUGUAACUCGUGAAAUUCACUUUACAUCAUAUUUUUAUGAUAGCAA